AUGGUUUCAGUGAUCUAUUUAACGUGGUCGACAUUCAACAAUAUUCGCCUACUGCUGAUGGCAAGCAAGCCCAUAGUAAUGUUCUACUUAAUCUGGCUCGUGAAUACGUCGGAGAGCAUUCGUAGCGAGGAAGGCACAUUGUUGGAUCUCGUGUGUUGGCCGGACGGCAAUGCUAUUCCGGUUAUCGUUGCAUGCGUGGGCAUUCUUGCCGUUAUUAUUCAGAUUUAUGGAUUGUACCAACUGUUCAAGGCCGGUUUACCUAGACUGGAGUACAAUGUGACCAAUGGCCUCUUCUAUUACAUAUGGGCGUUAAUUAUAAUUAUUAUUUUAUUUCUGGCUGUCAUGUUUUAUUCUGGCCUGCAAACGACUAUUAUAAGAGCUAAGAUAAAAGGCGGUAUCACUAAGGCAAUGCUUCUUUAUUCGAGCCACCUGCCAUCCAAAGUGGCAAUCGAUCAGCUACAAACUCGCUUCCACUGCUGCGGGCGAGUGCAGUACCAGGAGUGGUUCUAUAUACCCUGGUACACCUCCGGGGCCAGCGGCAACGUCGUCUUGAAGAGUUCACUGCAAUCUACCCACAAGUUCGUCAGCGACAACGUACCAUACAGUUGUUGCUCUAUGGACGUGAUGCAGCCCUGCGUGCACCACAGAGUCGCCCACGAGGAUACAGUGUAUAAGUAUAACCCAAAACAAAAACUGACGAUAUGGGAAACUGGUUGCGAAGAGAAACUGAUAAAUGAAAUGAUGACGAUUUCAUGGCGGCUUAUCGCAGUGAUGGGCCUAAUUACAAUAGCCAUGAUUCUCCAAGGCGUAGCGGUGCGAUACCUCCACACGGCGUACAGGAGCGGCCUGCACAUCGGAAACCAGGUCGCGUGCGAAGCCUACUUGCUUCGCUCAGUGGGCGCCACCACCUCUAAACGGAUCGAUUAUCCCACGAAAAACUUUCGCAAGAAAAACUUCCAACAUUCGAGGACGUUACAGUGGGUGAAAGCCACUUACAAUCCCAGGAAAAUAAAGUGUAACGCUUCAUCCCCCGACAGGAAUAGUUCAGAGGAAUUAUUGAAACAAAUUGAUGGGGAAUAACGUUUAAUAAAAUAAAUAAUUUGAAUAUAAUUUGAAUUUCAAUACCUAAUUACCUACUAACGUUUAUCAGCUGCUUGCUUAUAGAAUUAGAACAAAACUAGAAACAUCGGCGCGCGACAAAUCUUAUGGCUUGUGUUUAUGAAGAAUAUUUAAACUUUAUCGCGCCUUAUUUUUGUAGCUAAGACUUACGAAUAUAACUAAAAUAAUAAGUAACGACACUGGUAAUAUAUUAAAGGUGCUGACGCAUGAAACAUACAGAUGCGCAAACAAUAUCGUUUUGUUAACUAAAGUGCCUUAAUAACUUUUAAUAGCACAACUAUUCAAAUAUUACAAGUGUCACAGGGUCAUAGAAUAGCUAGACAUAAAAUUAACAGAUUUGAUUAAUUGAAGUAAAUUAAAUAAAAUGCCAAAUUGUUAGGAUUGUUACUGUUUCCUUGUUCGUAAUUAAUUGUAUACACAUAAUAUUAUUACCCUUUUGAACGCCACACGGCGAAGGAACACGCCGUGCCCCGGACGCCAGGCAAUCGCGAUUUAUUUAAGCGAAAUUGAACUUUACGGAGUCCCGCAUAAGGCCCUAUUGCAUUGGCGAAGCUGUUGGCUGUAGCCGUCGUUUGCGUCCUUGGCAAGACUCCGUUGACGGCCAAGGCUGACUGUGGCGGUCAAAAGGUUAA